AGCAGGAGGUAGCAAGGACAGCAUAGCAACGCGAGGCAAAAUACCAGUUGCACGCCCCACCGCUACUCACGCAAGUAAGGUGCAGGGAGAGGCAGAUGCAGAUGCUUCUUACUCUGAUCAUCGCCGUGCUCGUUUCGGCAUGGCCAGCAGCUGCAACGCCACCAAACUCGGGCGCCUCUUGCCAGCGCCGGUGCGGCGACUUGGAAAUCCCGUAUCCGUUCGGCGUCGGCCGCGGCUGCUACCUCUACACGGGCGAAGGCGACAUCACCUUCGGGCUCACCUGCAACCGCACCGCCGACGGCAGGUACCAGGCCAUUAGCGGCGAGGCUGUCGAGGUCAUCGGCAUCUCCCUGCGCCGCGGCCAGGCGCGCAUCCGCAGCGACAUCAGGCCCUGGUGCUACAACCGCACGUCGCGGUCCAUGGACGACAACAGCCCCUGGUGGACCGACCUCUCCGACUCGCAGUUCCGGCUUUCCGACGAGGCGAACCGGUUCGUCGUGGUCGGCUGCAACUCGCUGGCGUACGUGCAGUCGGUGAACACCGGGACAAAGUAUAUGACCGGGUGCAUGGCCACGUGCCCGGGCGCCGGGCGGCUGGAGAACGGCUCGUGCUCCGGCAUGGGCUGCUGCCAGGCAGCCAUCCCCAGGGGGAUCAACACGUAUAGGGUGCAGUUCGAUGACAGAUUCAACACCUCCGGGAUCACGGGCUUCAGCCGGUGCAGCUACGCCGUGCUGAUGGAGGCCACGGCGUUCGACUUCCGGACCACGUACGUCACCACCGGCGACUUCGUGGAGUCCACCGGCGGGAAGGUGCCGCUGGUGCUCGACUGGGUGGUGGGAAAGGAGACGUGCAGGGAGGCGGCGCGGAACACGACGGCGUACAUGUGCGUCAGCAGCAACAGCGAGUGCGUCGAUUCCAGGAACGGGCCCGGCUAUCUCUGCAACUGCUCCACAGGGCACGAAGGCAAUCCGUACCUCCCUCAUGGCUGCCAAGACGUUAACGAGUGCGAGGACACAAGAUUCAAGUACCCGUGCUCUGUUCCAGGAACCUGUAUCAACACUCCUGGAGGAUACAUCUGUUCUUGCCCUGACAAGACAGCAGGCAGCGCUUACAAUGGCACAUGCGAGCCCAAGAAAUCUCAACUUGGAGUGCAAAUGGCAGUUGGUGUUAGCAUUGGCGUAGUUGCGCUAGUAGUUACCAUGUCCUGUGCUUACUUGAUCCACCAGAAGAGGAGCCUCGCCGCUGUAAAGAAGAAGUACUUCAAGCAACACGGGGGCCUCUUGCUGUUCGAGGAAAUGAAGUCAAAACAGGGGCUAUCCUUCACAUUGUUCACCAAAGAAGAGCUCGAAGAGGCGACCGACAAUUUCUACGAGCGAAAUGUGCUCGGGAAGGGAGGGAGUGGCACUGUUUACAAGGGGUUUUUGAAAGACAAGAGAUUAGUUGCGAUAAAGAAGUGCAAGCUGAUCAGCGAGAGGCAGGAGAAAGAGUUCGGGAAGGAGAUGCUCAUCUUGUCACAAGUCAACCACAGGAACGUCGUCAAGCUGUACGGCUGCUGCCUCGAGGUGGAAGUCCCUAUGCUCGUCUACCCGUUCAUCCCAAACGGCACGCUGCACCAGCUCAUCCAUGGCGGCCACCUCGGAUCACGCAUCUCCUUCGCGACGCGCAUGAAGAUCGCGCAUGAGACCGCUGAAGCACUCGCCUACCUCCAUUCCUGGGCUUCACCCCCAAUCAUCCACGGCGACGUGAAAUCACCAAACAUACUGAUCGACGAGGACUACACCGCAAAAGUUUCGGACUUUGGAGCUUCGACAUUGGCUCCGACAGAUGAAGCUCAGUUUGUCACGUUUGUCCAAGGGACUUACAGUUACCUCGACCCGGAGUACAUGCAGACCUCCAAGUUGACAAGUAAGAGUGACGUGUACAGCUUCGGUGUCGUCCUCCUGGAGCUACUCACAUGCAGAAAGGCGAUGAACCUCCAUGCGCUCGAGGAGGAGACAAACCUCUCAUCGCAUUUCCUCCUCGCCGUGAGUGAGAACAGGCUUGAUGAGAUACUGGACGCCCAGAUAAAAAGCGAGCAGAGCAUUGAGUUGAUCGAGCUGGUGGCAGAGCUAGCGAAGCAGUGCCUAGAGAUGUCUAGCGAGAAGAGGCCCUCGAUGCGGGAGGUUGCCGAAGAGCUCGACAGAGUUAGGAAGCUGUCGAAGCAUCCUUGGGGGCAAGAAACUUCUGAUGAGGAGCUGAAGGCCUUGCUUGUCGGAUCACCAAGCACUUACUCUGAAAUAGAACUUAGUAAUGGGUAUGUUAGCCUGACAGAUUCAGCGUAUUUAGGAAUUCAAUCUCCAAGAUAAUGUCAUUUGCUUUUGUUUGUUCACUGAGUUAUAUAGACAUACGGGUUUUUUUUCUGGAGGAUUUCCAUGUAAGAAUAUCAUGGUUGUGCGCGUCUUGCUUUAAUGAUUUCUUUUUUUA